AUGUUACAGGUAGAUUAUUUAUGGAUAGACGAUGAAUUACAGCCUCAUGAACUUGAAGAUUUAUUUCCAACAUCAACAGUCACAUUCAUAAUAAUUUCCCCAAAUAUUGAUCAAACAUUAUCGAAUUUCAUAAAAUAUAUGCAACCAUGGAUAGAAUUGUAUCCUUGGAGUUAUGAACGACCUGAGUUUCAAGCACAUACUUCCAAGAGCAUUGAGUACAUAUAUGGGGAGAUGAAGUAUCAUGGACAUCCAGAAGAUAUGGAGCUAUUAAUUGCAAUAUUGAUCAAUUUUACUAAAUAUGAAGAUUGUUUUAUUCAUCUAUUCGAUUCCUUGGAGAUCGAACCUGUGCUAGUAAUUUGUCAUGAAACACUUGCUGAAGAAUUAAAUGAUGUUACUACGGCACGAAAUAGAGUAUGGAUUCAUGAUGAUGGUUGUGUAGUUUUGAAUAAACGGAAUCAAUUCGAAGACUAUCUACCGCUACAUAGUGCUGUACUACAAAUAUUUGAUGGAGAUUAUACACCUAAUGAAGUUCUAACUACAGAAAUCAAAGAAAAAUGUAGCUUGAUUAGAGGUUUGAGUCAUGUUCAUGAUGUUACCUUAAAAUUACCUGUACCCAUAGCGAAACUAGUCUCAAAUGACACCAUGUUUGCUGCAAAGGCUUUAGAAGGAUUAUCAAAAUUAGAUGAAGUCAAACCUCUCGAGUUCGAUGAGGGAGUCGAAAUAAAGACGGCAAUGAAUAGUAUGAAUUUGGGAGUAAUGUUGGGUAUAGCUUUAGCAAAUGGAGGAGAACAACAUUUAAGUGGGAUUUAUUUGUCGGGCUUGCAGCAUUUCUACCAGGGCAAACCUGAUCCUAAAAUUCCGGACACAAUAAAGCAAAGUUCAAGAGAUGUUUUACAAGAUGAGUUGAUUAGUAUAGGUAUUAUAAAUUCAAAAGUGUCUGAAGAUUUGGAACUUGUUGAAAUCUUACUGUCUCUUUCGGAAUCAAUGGAUGAUGAAGAAAAAUAUGCUAAAAAUUUGAAAGCUUUGUUUGACAUGAACAAUUUGGAAGAAACCUUGAAUCUAGAUGAAGAACAAGUGGAUGAUGAUGAUGAUGAUGAAAGUGAUUUUUCUGAUGACGAAUUAAAUGAAUUUAGAUGGAAGUAUCAUGAUAUCACCUCGGGGUGGAUACCAAAAGAAUUUGUAGCGUCGAAAUAUCAGGAAUUCAAACAUUCGAUAUUGAAAUUGACUAGCAAAUUCAAAGAUGAAUUUAAAAAUACUGAAUUUGAUGAUUUUCCUGAAUUCAUGGAACUGGAAAUCAUUUUAGAGAUGAAUAGUAAGAAUAAUGAUACUGAUAAGAUUUAUAAUGAUGAUUCCGAUUAUCAAAGUGAUACAAAUGAGAUACAUGGUGAUAUGGCUUAUGGUGAAUUUAUAAAAUUAAGAAGAAAAAUGAGACAAGACGAAGAUGUUGUUGGUCACCAACAAGAUGAAGAUGAAGAAGAAGAUGAAGAAUGGGAAGAUGUUAAUGAUGAUAAUGAUAAUGAUAAUGAUGCUUACGAUGGCGAUGCUUAUGAUAAUGAUUUAAUGAAUGAUGAUGACAAUUUUGAGGAAAAUCUCGAAACCAAACCCCAAAUUGAAGUAAUAGACGAAGAUUCGCAAAAUGUACUCGACACAAGAUUGACUAAGGAUGAAGUGGAAAGAUUAACUAGAAGUCUUCACACUCUUAGAACGAGCGAAGAUGAAAGUCUAGAGCUGCUGUUAAAAAAGAAAUAA